AUUUGUCUGUAUAUCUUGCAAAAUCAACCUGCUUUCCCCUCACGGAGCAUGGACCACGUUUGGAGAAUUAACGUUUUAAAUAAUGGCAAAUCAUGCUUUAGAUAAUGGAAUUUAAGUGACAUAACAGGAGCUGGAUUUUGGAGAAAAUUCAUCUGGUGGCUAUGUGUCGAAUGAACAACUUUGGCCAUUGUGGGCGAACAGAGACACCAGUUUCCAAAGAAGAAGCUUUGCUCCUGAUGAACAAGAACAUAGAUGUUUUGGAGAACGCAGUUAAGCUGGCAGCCAGGCAGGGUGCACAUAUCAUUGUUACCCCAGAAGAUGGAAUUUAUGGCUGGGUUUUCACAAGAGAGACCAUUUACCCCUAUCUGGAAGAUAUCCCAGACCCAGAGGUGAACUGGAUUCCAUGUACAGAUCCCCAGAGGUUUGGCUACACCCCAGUGCAACAAAGGCUCAGCUGCCUGGCCAAGGACAACUCCAUCUACGUUGUGGCAAAUAUUGGGGACAAGAAGCCAUGCAAUGCCAGUGACCCUCAGUGUCCCCCCGAUGGCCGUUACCAGUACAACACUGAUGUGGUGUUUGAUUCUGAGGGUAGGCUUUUGGCACGCUACCAUAAGUACAAUCUUUUUGCGCCUGAAAUUCAAUUUGAUUUCCCCAAGGAUUCAGAAUCUGUGACUUUUGAGACUCCUUUUGGGAAGUUUGGCAUUUUCACUUGCUUUGACAUUUUUUCUCACACCCCAGCUGUGGUGGUGGUGGAUGAGUUUCAAGUGGACAGCGUUCUCUACCCGGUGGCGUGGUACAACACACUGCCCCUUCUGUCGGCUGUUCCCUUCCACUCUGCGUGGGCCAGAGCCAUGAGAGUCAACUUGCUUGCUGCGAAUACCCACAACACCAGCAUGCACAUGACAGGGAGUGGAAUCUAUGCACCGGAAGCGGUCAAAGUGUAUCACUAUGACAUGGAAACAGAGAGUGGCCAGCUGAUGCUGUCCGAACUGAAGUCCCGGCCACGAAGUGAACCCACCUAUCCUGCAGCUGUUGACUGGAGUGCUUAUGCCAGAAGUGUCAAGCCAUUCUUGUCUGAACAGUCAAAUUUUCCGGGAAUGAUUUAUUUUGAUGAGCUCACCUUCAUUGAGCUUAAGAGAAACACAGGAAAUUACACAGUUUGCCAGAAAGACCUGUGCUGUCACUUAACUUACAAGAUGUCGGAGAAACGAACAGAUGAGGUUUACGCACUAGGUGCUUUUGAUGGACUGCACACAGUAGAAGGUCAAUAUUACCUACAGAUAUGCACAUUACUGAAGUGUCAAAUCAGUGACCUGCGAACUUGUGGGGAGCCCGGGGGGUCAGCUUUCACCAAGUUGGAAGAAUUCUCCCUCAGCGGCACAUUUGCAACACAUUAUGUUUUCCCACAGAUCAUUCUCAGUGGAAGUCAGCUUGCUCCUGAAAGGUAUUAUGAGGUCUUGAGAGACGGACGUCUGAGGAGCCGAAGCAGAACCCCUCUGCCUGUCUUAGUUUUGGCCCUGUACGGAAGAGUGUUUGACAAAGACCCUCCGCGCUUGGGGCAAGGACCCCAGAGAUUAGAAUGAUCCCUUUCCACUGGCACACUUUCAGGAUUACCCUGGCAAAGAAAGGGAGAGGAAAAAAAAAAAAAAAGCUUCAUGUCUGUUUAGAAGAGAUGUCACAAAUUGGCCGGAACAACAAACUUAAAACGUGAAGGGCAGUGGAUGGGUUUUAUAUGUUUUACGUUUUCCGUAUUUGAUAUAUAGCACCAACUCAUUUAUGGGAGCUGCAUGUGGGAUCCGUGUAGGUGCAAUGUAAGUAUAUGUGAGUAUAUGUGUGUGUAGCAGAACAUGCAGUUAAAUGGAGGGGGACUUAGAAAACUCCUUUUGUGUUAACUACUCUGAUAUAUGUGAAUGUUUUUCUAUCAUUUGUAAAUACACAGGGGGCACCUUAAGUAUGCAGAGGGCUUUUGAUCCUCGUUGAUUACGAUAUAGGAAGUAAAACAACAAAGGCAUCUCCUAAAGUAAUUAUGAGUAACUUUUCAAAAAAUUUUGAGCAACUUGUUAACUGAUUAAAAUUAUUCUAUUAU